CAUUAAUCUUGUCUUCUCCAUACUCAUUGUGAACACUCAUCAUAAAAUGGAUGGUUUGGGCAACCUCCUUCCUCCUGUGGGUGAAAAUGUUGAUGCAGCUAAUUCACAAGAAAUACUAAAACUUUUGAUGGAUGAAAAAAUGCGAAGUGAACACCAUAAAGCAAAUUAUCAAACUCUAAGGGCAGAACAUCUAAGAUUACAAGAGGAUUAUACCAAAUCACAAGAUGAACUGAAACAGUUGUUAGUUGAAAAACAGACUGUACAUGACAAAUUUCAGCAGCUUCUUGCUGACUUUCAAGAGCAGUUGCUGGCUAAAACACAAGAGCUGGAACAAGUAAAGCUACAGGUACCAACUUCUCAAAAUUUAGAACGGUUAAAAGCAAAAAUGUAUGAGGAAUUGACAGCUCCUAUGAGAGAGCGUUAUCAGAAGCUAGAAAAUGAAGUGGAAAAAUACAGAACACUAUAUAACAAACUUCGUUAUGACCACACCUUUCUGAAAUCAGAAUUUGAGCAUCAAAAGGAAGAACAUGCACAUAUUUUAGAAGAGAAGAAAAUAAAAUAUGAGGCCGAGAUCGCAAGACUGGAUAAAGAUAAGGAAGAACUCCAUAAUCAGCUGCUUAGCAUUGAUCCCACCAGGGACAAUAAACGUGUGGAGGCACUUUCUAGAGAAAAGGCACAACUGUGUCAGAAAUUGAAAGCCUUAGAAGCAGAAGCAGAAGAACUAAGAGCAGAAAGACACAACUGUGUUGUGCAAGCAGAAAAUGUUCAAAGAGUACAAGCGCGACAGAUAGCUGAGAUGCAGACCAUGAUGCGGUCUCUAGAGGCAGAAAAGAAGUCUGCUGAACUGCAGGUUGAUCGAAUUGAGAAAGAACUGCAGACGAGUCAUGAGCAAAACAUUCUCUUAACUACCAAACUUCACAAAUCUGAACGAGAAGUCAGUUCCUUAGCUGCUCAAGUAAAAGAACUUAAACAUUCACAUAAGUUGGAAGUAACAAAUAUCAAACUGGAGGCAGCAAGAACAAAGAGUGAAAUAGAAAGAGAAAGAAACAAGAUUCAAAGUGAAAUGGAUGGACUGCUGUCCGACAAGGAAAUUCUUACUGCAGCUGUUGAACGUCAUAAAGUGCUUUUAGUAGAAAAGGAUCGGGAGCUAAUUCGUAAAGUUCAAGCUGCCAAAGAGGAAGUUUUUGACAAUAUUGCAGCCUUACAGAAUGAAAAGUUAGAACUCGAGAACAGAUUAGCUGAUCUAGAAAAGAUGAAACUGGAACAAGAUUCUUGGAGACAAUCUGAAAAGGAUCAGUAUGAAGAGAAACUACGUGCUGUGCAGAUGGCAGAAGAAUCUAGAAAAAAGGAACUUCAGCGUUUGCGAUUAAAAAUUCAACAGCAAGCUAUGCAGACAGAAGAGCUGGAAGAGAAGAAACGUGAAAAUGCUAAUCUUAAACAACAAAUAAAUGAUAUCCAACUCCAGCUUGCCUCACUUUCUCAAUCAGAAAAUGAUUUGCUGGAAUCUAAUCAGAAGUUGAAGGAAAUAACAGAGAGAUUGAAACAAGAAUGUCAACAUGCAAGGGCUCAGGCAGAGAAAGCUCAACUGGAAACAGAGAAGACUUCAGAAUACCAACGUAUGGAAUGGCUGCAGGAGAAGCAUAUGCUUACUCAGCACAUGACAGAGUAUGAAGAGAAAUACAAGCAAAUGAAGAACAAGCUAUGUCGAGCUGCUGUUGCUCAGAAAAAGAGAAAGACUCUCAAUGACAAUAAACAAAGGAGGAUGCGUGAGAAAAUAGAACUUUUGGAAGCCAAGAUGGAAGAAUUAGAAAAAGAAAAUCAAGUGUUAAAUAGACAGAAUGUUUCCUCUGAGGAAUAUGCUCGCCUCCAGAAGAGGCUAAAGGACUUGCAACGUCGGCACAAUGAAUUCCGGAGUAUAAUUCUGAAUCCUGACAUCCCGUCACUCCAUCCAGUCGGUGUAACGCCACUGUCUGCCUUGCCUCCUGGGCCGGCAGCGUCCUUCUCCUUUCUUCAGGAGGAGCAGCAUCAAAGAGAGCUUGCCCUGCUUGGCAAGCGGUUGGAAGAACUAGAAACCAGACAAAGAAAACAGCUGGAAGAUCUUGGACCAUCUAGAGAGCGGGUAAUGGUAGGGUACAGGGACUUGUCAAGAAAUAAGAUCACUGGAGAAGAUGAAGCACAAAGCGAGGACUCUAAAUAAAUUCUGCACACUCUUUAUGCUGUUAGCUUUCCAUAACUUAUCCUUUGUACAUGCUUUUCAUAUUUU